AUGUCCACAUUCGACUUCAUUGUGGUCGGAAGUGGCCCGUCCGGCAGUGCGAUCGCCGCCGGCCUCGCCAAUUCAACCGCCAAGCCCCGUGUGCUACUCUUGGAGGCCGGAGAUGCCAAAGAGGACCGUAAUCUGCGUGUGGACGGUCAGCGAUGGACCACCUUUACAGACCAGUCCAUGAACUGGGGCUUCAAAACUACCCCGCAGCCUGACUGCGCCAACCGGGAAAUUGACUACAGUCGUGGCCGGUGUAUGGGUGGGUCCAGCGCCAUCAACUUCGGCGUUUACAGUGUCGGUGCGCGCGACGAUUACCAAGAGUGGGCACGUAUCGCUGGCGAUGACGACUAUUCCUGGCCAAAGAUUCAGCGCCGUUUCAAGGCACUGGAGACCUUCCAUGGCCAGAUUCCAGACGGCAUUGAUAGCAAGUAUGCGGACCCGAAGACCAGACAUCAUGGUAGUGAGGGGCCUUUGCAUGUUGGCUUUGCUCGCGAGUGGGAGCGUGAUUUGACUGAUGUCCUGGAUGUCUUUGAGGAAGCUGGCUUCCCCUUGAACCCGGAUCAUAACUCUGGAAACCCAAUUGGCAUGUCGGUUAUGAUUAACUCAGCCCACAGAGGUCUGCGCUCCAUGGCGAGUGACUUGACCAAAGGAAACGGUGAUAACUUGACCAUCGUUACUGGCGCGCCGGUGCAACGUGUGCUCCUGGAGGGCAAGAAGGCAGUUGGUGUCGAGUCUAACGGAAAGAAAUACUACGGCAAAAUGGAGGUCAUCCUGUCUGCAGGCUCAUUGAACGACCCCCGCAUCCUCAUGCACUCUGGAAUCGGCCCAGCAGCCCAGCUCCAACAAUAUCAGAUCCCCGUCGUGCACGACGUCCCCGCUAUCGGCCAGGGUCUGCGCGACCACUGCUUCGUCCCGAUGGUCAACACACGCACCGACACAAGCACGGACCGCAAAGCAUUCUACGGCGACAAGGACGCCAUGGAAGCCGCCUCAAAGCAAUGGCAACAAGACGGCACAGGACCCUGGGCGAAGUUCGCCUGCGAACUAGGUAUCGGCUGGUUCAAGCUCGCAGAACAACUCACCUCUUCUCCGGAAUUCAAGGCUCUCCCAGCAGACGAACAGAAAUACCUCCUCUCAGAGACCGUCCCCCACUACGAGGUCAUCACCCACUUCCCAAUCCACUGGUUCAUCCCUGAUUUCCCCGCCGACGCCCUCAACUACUCCUGCCUGCUGGUCUUCUUGUUCAACGCACAGACCCGUGGCGAAGUCACCCUCCAAUCCACGGAUCCCGAUGCCCCUCUCUCCUUCAACCCUAAGUUUUUGGCUCAUCCAUUCGACCGCAAGUUGGCCAUCGAGGCCCUGCGUGACUCUUUCCGAGUCGCCAAGCACGAUUCUUACAAGAAGGAUAACGUUGCUGAGCUGGCCAUGCCAAAGAGCGAGUCUGACGAAGACCUCCUCGAGUACUGGCAGCAGAACAUCUCGUCCAGCUGGCACAUGACUGGUACAGUGAAGAUGGGCAAGAAGGGUGAUGCGGAUGCAGUUGUUGACCAGGACUUCCGCGUCUACGGAAUCGAGAGCUUGCGUGUCGCUGACAUGGCUGUCGUGCCGGUGCUGGUUAAUGCCCAUGUUCAGUCUGUCGCCUAUGUCACUGGUGUGACCUGUGCGGAGAAGUUGAUCAAGGAGUACCAGCUCAACGGUGCUCCUGUCCGGGCGGCUAAGCUGGCUUAG